ACGCUUACAGCCAGAGUUGUCUGGAAAAGUUGCUGUGUUGGACACACUACUGGCACUCAUUCGAAGCUCAACUGAUGACAAGGUUGUUCUUAUUUCCAACUACACACAAACACUUGACCUGUUCCAGCAGCUGGCUGCCCUCAGGAAUUACCCAUAUGUUCGACUUGAUGGAUCCAUGUCUAUUAAAAAAAGAGCAAAGAUUGUUGAGAAGUUUAAUGAUCCAUCUGGAGGAGAGUUUAUCUUCAUGCUGAGUAGCAAAGCUGGUGGAUGUGGCCUUAAUCUCAUUGGUGCCAACCGCUUGGUAAUGUUUGACCCCGACUGGAAUCCUGCCAAUGAUGACCAGGCCAUGGCAAGGGUGUGGCGGGAUGGCCAAAAGAAGAAGUGCUGUAUAUAUCGACUCCUUGCUACUGGGAGCAUAGAGGAGAAAAUCUUUCAGCGGCAGGCCCAUAAGAAAGCUCUGAGCAGCUGUGUUGUAGACUGUGAAGAAGACGUCCAGCGGCACUUCUCCAUCUCUGAAUUAAGAGAGCUUUUUAUUCUCAAUCAGAACACAACAUCGGACACUCAUGACAAGUAGGAUCAGCUUAGCUUU